CAGAGUUUAGGGGACAGCGUGCAGAGGGGUAUUGUUUAACCGACUCACACUCACCUCACUCACUCCAUGUGAUGUGAUGGGUGCUUAAUAAUACAAAAGGCAUUGAAAUCUAAACCCAGCAGAGUAUAGAGAAUCUUCCCGGAAAAAAGGAAUAGGGAUCAAAGAUGUGGAGGCGUUUCACUUCACUCCCUCUCUUCUUUUCUCAUCAGGCGAGAAGAGCUGAAGAGCUCAAGAUUUGUCAAGCAUUUUGUACUGAAAUCAUCAAACCGGUAGAAGGUGACAGCUAUUCCAGAAGAAAUAGCCACCCUUUUGUCGCUUUUGUUUUGGGAGGUCCUGGUAGCGGUAAAGGCACUCAAUGUCUGAAGAUUGCUGAAACCUUUGGGUUCAAACACAUAGGUGCAGGAGAUCUAUUGAGGAAAGAGAUGUAUUCCGGCUCUGAGAAUGGUGCCAUGAUUCAAAAGUUAAUGGAGGAAGGAAGUAUUGCUCCAUCAGAGGUGACUGUCAAGCUACUUAAAAAGGCAAUUGAAUCAGCUGAACAUCGUAAGUUUCUAAUAGAUGGUUUCCCAAGAAGUGAAGAGAAUCGAAUGGCUUAUGAGAGGAUUAUUGGUGCUGAACCGAACUUUGUGCUUUUCUUUGACUGCCCUGAAGAAGUUAUGGUCAAACGAGUAUUGAACCGGAAUGAGGGGCGAGUUGAUGAUAAUGAACAUACAGUCAAGGAGCGCCUAAAAGUAUAUAAAGGUAUAACUCUUCCAGUAGUCAACCACUAUGCCAAGAAAGGAAAGCUUUACAAGGUUGAUGGUACUGGAACUCAGGAAGAGAUAUUUGAACGACUCCGUCCAAUUUUCACUUCAUUGAGGUUGUCGACAUAACGGAUACCCUGCAGAAGCAAGUGAUAGGAAUUGAAGAAGUUGAAUAUGCUGUAGAAAAGUACACACGAAUGUAGAUCGUUUCAUGGAAGAAAAACUGAAAAGCAAAAUGGCAAAUUGCAAGUCCAGGUCCUGUUCCAACCAAAAAAAAAAAAAAAUCUUGUUCAAAAAUUGCAAGUCCAGGUUUUGCUAUUUGUUCAAUAGUUCCUGCUUUUCUGGUGAAAAAUGUAGAGUCAGACCGCCAAUCUUGAAAUUAAAGUCCAUUCCUCCCACCUCCUCUGUUGCCAAUCUUACUGGAACCCAAACCCAUUCUCAUCCGGCGAGUUUACAGAUUUUGCCUUUUUUCUUCGUUAUUUUGUUGUAAUUGUUAUACAUUCCUUUUCUUCUUUCAUGCUAUAAUCAAUAUUUCAUACACACACGUGACACGUAUAAGAAUAACUCAAAUACAUUACUUCUACAGUUAAGAGUACUGCAAAUUGUGAUAUUUCCAUGGAAGAUGAUGUAAAAUAAAAUUACAGGCAAAA